AUGUAUAAUCAUCCAGGAAAAGCAAGAAGCUCGAAAACGAUCCAUACUCGUCGUAAACGCAAAUCCGCUGUGUUAACCGACACGCCUGAAAAAGACUCAUUAAAAAAAGAGUAUGAAGAAAAACUGGCCAAGACCAAAAAAACGUGUGACAAAAAUAAAAGAAAAGGCAAAGGUAAAGGAAAAGGUAAAGGAAAGUCCUCGAAAAUGAGCGAAGAAGGUAAAGAUAAGGAACGUCACAUUCGUGGCGUGGUCGUGUAUGUGAUUAAAGAUUUUUUUUGUCAAGUGCAGUUACAAGUGUUUGCUAGUUUGGAUUACAUAGUGCGAAGUUCACCAAAAAUGCGAUCACGAACACGC